UGUGUAUCCAAUGGGCAGGGGGAGGCGUCAGCGAAGCUCGGGCAGGUGGAGCGGUCUUGGCUCCAUGUGGUCGGGUUGAGGCUGCGCCGCCCUCCCCGCCUGUGUAUUGGUCCCGAGGGAAACUCCGCAGCGCACCGGGCGGGGAGCAGCUCCAGCUGCUCUGAGCGCCGCGGGCAGUCGCCGGCCGCCGCUUCCCCUAUGAGAGCCUUGUGCCCGGUAGCUCCACGUCCCUGUCCUAGCAGCGGCUGCCUGCUGUCCCUCCCUGCUUCCUAGCAGGCGGAGCACUAAGGCGUAUCUGCCGGGCGCUGGGAUCCCGGUUGGCCGGGGGCACGGCACCUUCCUAGGCUAGGUAGCGGCUCGCCCGGCUGGUGCGGGGAUACUGGAUCUGGGGGCUGGGCUGUGAAGUGCCUCCGACUUGCGACUCCUCAGCCUCUCCCCUUCUGCGCUCCUCUCCAGUGCGCCCCUCGUCCCAUCUCCCGAGGGGACCUCUGUUCUACUGGCCCCAGCGCUCUCCUGUGUCCCCGGGGUGCAGGUUCUCCCCGGAGCCCCCUUCUGCCUGUUGUAUGGUCGGGGACUCCAGCCCCAGGCAGCACCAUGGCUUUUGCCAACUUUCGCCGCAUCCUGCGCCUCUCCACCUUCGAGAAGAGGCGAUCCAAGGAGUACGAACACGUCCGCCGGGACCUGGACCCCAACGAGGUGUGGGAGAUCGUCGGGGAGCUGGGGGACGGUGCCUUCGGCAAAGUGUACAAGGCCAAGAAUAAGGAGACAGGGGCAUUAGCUGCUGCAAAAGUCAUCGAGGCUAAGAGUGACGAGGAACUGGAGGAUUAUAUGGUGGAGAUUGAAAUCUUGGCGACCUGUGAUCACCCAUACAUUGUCAAGCUCCUGGGAUCAUUUUAUCAUGACAGCAAACUGUGGAUCAUGAUUGAGUUUUGCCCUGGUGGGGCAGUGGAUGCUGUCAUGCUAGAGUUGGAUCGAGGCCUGACGGAACCCCAGAUUCAAGUGAUUUGCCGCCAGAUGUUAGAGGCUCUUGUCUACCUCCACAGUAAAAAGAUCAUCCACCGUGACUUAAAGGCCGGCAAUGUACUACUGACCCAGGAUGGAGAUAUCAAACUCGCUGACUUUGGAGUGUCUGCCAAAAACAUUAAAACUUUGCAGAGACGAGAUUCCUUCAUCGGGACCCCUUACUGGAUGGCCCCUGAGGUGGUGAUGUGUGAAACCAUGAAGGACACUCCCUAUGACUACAAGGCCGACAUCUGGUCCCUGGGUAUAACGCUGAUAGAAAUGGCCCAGAUAGAGCCCCCUCACCAUGAACUCAACCCCAUGCGAGUCCUGCUGAAGAUUGCCAAAUCUGACCCUCCCACUCUCAACUGCCCUUCUAAAUGGUCCCCAGAGUUCAAAGACUUCCUGAAGACGGCACUUGAUAAGAACCCUGAGACUCGGCCAAGUGCAGCACAGCUACUGGAGCAUUCCUUCGUUAACAAGGUCACCAGCAACCGAGCCCUGCGCGAGCUGGUGGCGGAGGCAAAGGCCGAAGUGAUGGAUGAAAUUGAAGACAAUCGGGAGGAAGGAGAAGAGGAUGAAUCAUCGGAACCUCUAUCUCCCUCUGGGACUCACAAGCGAGGCCCCUCCGAGGUGAGUCAGCUGAGUUUUGAGGGAGAGAAACCUCCAGAGUCCCCCUCCCCACUGGAGAUGAAUGGACCCAAAUUAUCCGUGGAGCCGGCCAUGAAGUCUGUAGACAGGCAGAGAAACAGACUCUCAGAUGAAGGGAUUGGCAGCGAGAACUCCAUGAAAACCACCAGCAGCUCCGAGUCGUCCGGGACAGAGUAUAGCAGAACAGCCGCCAGCACCCAGGAAGAGCCAAUCACCAACCCCCAGUCAGGAUUGUUGGAUGACCAGGUUAAUCCAAUGGAGGAGAGAAGCCGCCAAAGCAAGCACCUGGAGCCAGGGAACAAAGAGCGUAAAAGCAUUGGGAACUGGCCGGAGAGCAGCCACCUGGAAAAUGCUGCUGGGGAAAAACUUGCCAAUGGGAAUUUGGAUUCUCCUAUUCAGUUUGCCAGCAGUAGGUCCAAGAGGGAUUCGGAUUCUGGCAGCACUUCUGCUUCAGAAAGCAUGGACCUCACCAUCUCUCUGUCUACUGAUCUGUCCCUUAACAGGGAGAGUGGAUCACUGUCCCUGAAGGAUUCCAGGAUACACAACAAGACACUGAAACGGACCCGGAAGUUUGUGGUGGAUGGAGUGGAAGUGAGUAUCACCACCUCCAAGAUCAUCAGCGAGGAUGAGAAGAAAGAUGAAGAGAUGAGAUUCCUCAGGCGCCAGGAGUUGCGGGAGUUGCGCCUGCUCCAGAAAGAGGAACACCGGAACCAGACCCAACUGAACAACAAACACCACCUGCAGCUGGAACAAAUGCUGAGGCGCUUUGAACAAGAAAUGACGGCAAAAAAGAAAUUCUACGACACUGAGCUGGAGAACCUAGAACGUCAACAGAAGCAGCAGAUCGAGAAGAUGGAACAAGAUCACUCGAUACGCCGGCGGGAGGAGGCAAAGCGCAUCCGUGCUGAGCAGGAACGAGACUACAACAAAUUCCAGGAGCAGCUUAAGCAGAAGAAGAAGGAGGUCAAGAUCGAAGUUGAGAAGCUUCCCCGGUAUGUGCGCAAGGAGAGCAUGAAGGUGAAGACAGAGGAAUUUGUGCAGAAGAAGCAAGUCUUGGAACGAGAGUUUGUAGCCAAACAGAAAGAGGAUCUGGAGCUGGCCAUGAAUAAUAUUACUAUGCAGAACAGGAAGGAGAUCUGCGACAAGGAGCGUGAGUGCCUGAACAAAAAGCAGCAGCUCAUGAGAGACCGAGAAGCCUCCAUCUGGGAACUAGAAGAGCACCACCUACAGGAGAAACACCAGCUUAUCAAGCAGCAGUUGAAGGACCAGUAUUUCCUCCAGAGACACGAGCUGGUCCGAAAGCAUGACAAGGAGCGAGAGCAAAUGCAACGGUAUAACCAGCGAAUGAUAGAGCAACUGAGGAUUCGGCAGCAGCAGGAGAAAGGUCGUCUCCCCAAAAUCCAGAGGAGCGAAGGGAAGACCCGCAUGGCCAUGUACAAGAAGAGCCUCCACAUAAACUCCAGCGGGAGCAUGUCAGAACAGAGGGAGAAGAUAAAACAGUUUGCUCAGCAGGAAGAAAAGCGGCAAAAGGCAGAGCGGCAGCAGCAGCAGCAGAAACAUGAGUUCCAGAUGAAGGAAAUGAGUGCCCAGUGUGAGAGCAAUGCGAACGAACUGCAGCAACUGCAGAAUGAGAAGUGUCACCUCUUGGUGGAACAUGAGACCCAGAAGCUGAAGGCCCUGGAUGAAAACCACAACCAGCAUCUGAAGGACUGGCGGGAUAUGCUGAGGCCACGGAAGAAGGCUCUGGAGGACGAGCUGAACCAGAAGAAGUGGGAGCAGGAGAUGUUCUUCAGACUGAGCGAGGAGGCAGAUGGUCAGACCCCAGUGUCCCCAAACAAACCUGUCAAGUUCGUUCCCUUCAGCUCUGCAGAGUGCUCAUAACGCCUGGAUCCGGGCGGGCCAGCAAGCUAGCUGGCACUCGCUCUACCUUGAUUAGCUGUGGGACAAGCAACUCAGGACUGCUGGGACCCUCUCACUGACACGCCAGCCUCCCUCAGGGCAGUGCCCUUCCGUCCCUCUGCUCUGCCUGAGAGAAAUGGCCUCCUGCCACUUCUGUCUGACACUGGGAGAUCAGCUUGAUUCUGAGCAGAGGUGGCAUUUCCUGGGGCUGGCUCACAUUGCCAGAAGAGCUGCAGUGACGAUCCCUGCCAGGAGAGCUGGCAGGGCUGUGCCCGUGAUCCUACUCAUGCUGUCUGCUGAACUCUUUACCCCGUGGAUGAGCCUGGUGCCCAUGCUAUGUCCAAUCCUAGAUCGGAGCAAUAAAUGCUGUGGACAUGACGUGUUAGGGGCUCUCAAACACUGUUCAAAGUGGUUAUUUAAACAUUCCUAUUCUUUGUGGCUACCUCCUUCCCCUCUUUGUUGUCAGGGCAGUGGUUGGGUGCAGUUUGUCAGCAUUAGCAUUGUGUGAUGCUACCCUGGCCUCCUGGAUCCGUGAGGCCUAGAAGCGUUCAGAUGGUUUUCUUACAAAAUUCAAAGCAGAAUUCCCUGUGUUUUACUGUGGUCUCCAUCUCCCCUGGUUGCUCGAACGGGAUUCAGCAGUUUUUCCUCCCAAUUUAAACCCUGGGGGACUAGCUGGGCUCCCCCACUGAAAUGUCUCUGCUUCUCCUUUGUUUGCCCUAGGAGUUGAUGUUAAAUGGCACAGCUCCCCCUCAGGUUCAUAGUCACUCUGUGGCACUCGCUGACCCCCACCCCCCCAGGACUGUGUGGGGUAUGGUGUCUAGGAAUCACACCUGGCUGUGCCACAGGGCAGUAUGAAGCAUCACAGCUAAGCUGCUAGGCCAGCCUAAAACUCUUGCCUCCUAAGAAAGGUUAUGGUUGGAAGGAGGAGCAGGGAGAGGUUCAUGGUUUUACUCGGUUCUGCAGUUUAAUACCGAGGUGUCAGUAGUGAUCAUGUGCCAUCUGUAUAGGGGGGUUACUGCUUCCAGAAAAUACGUUUAUCAGCCCUCAGAGCUGUGCACAAACUGGAGUUCAGAAAGUGCUGUGCAUUUUUGGAGCAUGUAGAUUACCCAGCCAGACCUUUGCAACACAAAUUACUUGCUGCAAAGCUUGGUUUCAAAGGAUUAAAACCAACAAAGACCUAGCAGUCUGGCUCUUAAAUUGGUGAUGGGGAAGAUGCAAUUGACAGCUCCGGCUGGCUUGUAGCUGUAAAGAGUGACUUCUUCCAGAAGUGGUGCCUAAGCUCCUUAAGCAAAGACCUUGCAAAGACUUGUCACGACUUUCUCACAUUCUCCUGGCUUCCUGCCCAGGGUUGGGGUUGCACAAAACUAGAUAGGGCAGUUGUACCUCAAGUUUUGUCUCCUUUUUUCACCCAUGUCCACACGAUGCUGUGAAUCAGAGUCUCUCUCUCUCUCUCCAUCCCCAACACACACAGAUUGGCACCAUGAUGGUCUACAUCUCUGUUUAAUUGUCACGAAUGCAUUUUGCAGUAGCGACUGGGUAAGAGUUAAGAUUCCCUUAUCCAAGCCUAGGCACUGCCAAUUCUGAGAAGUCCCAAGGUAUCUAAACUGCAGCCAGUCUCCUUAUACUGUUCCAAUCAGCAGAGUAGCAAGUGAAUCUUGUGUUUCCGAUACAGCCGUUUUCUGAUUUUGACAAGAGCACAGAGCUGCCGUAGGGCACGGGGUGUCUUGAUAUGUAGCAUCCUCUCCCUUGUGGGACUGUCUGAUCACAAAACAGCAUGUGGUAGCAGUUAGCUUUUGCUUCCUUUGGUCUAUGUACCACAUUGUCAUUUUAUGCUUAGAUCGUAUCUUCCAAUCAUGGGAUCCUUAUUAAAAAAUAUUCCACCUAAGAGCAACUGUGUCAUCAUCUCAGGUGAUGUCCCGAGACUCACUAACUCUGCUAUGUAGCACCAGCUCGAGGAGACACGUAUGUUAGCGUAGAAUCCUAGAUACAUGGGAAGUUGAAAGACUUUGCAGCUCAAAGGUGUAAGUUUCGAAACACCUUUAUACCAAAGAGGGGGACAUUUCCUAUCCAUUUAGAAUUUUUAAAAAGUAUCUUUCAGUUUCCUGAAAACUUGCGUCCUCUUGGCUGUUCUGAGUUCCCUAUGAAAUUAAAGGUAUUACUGUUUUAUUACUUGACUCACAGUAGCUCCGACAGACUGACCUGGGCAGCCAGACAUACAUAGAGGAGGCUUGACUGAUAUGUCAAUGGAAAAAGAAAGGCACAUAGAAGAACUGCAUAAUUGGUUGUAGCAUCUCUCCAAGCACCAUGCGUUCUGAGACCUGGGGUCCUCAUUUUUUGUUUUUAUUUUUUUUACUCACUACUAAGCACCUUUUCCAAAAUGGCUAGUUUACCUCUAUCUGCAGUAUAACUGGUCUAUUUUCCCUAAGUAUCAGCUGUGCCUUUGAUGUAUCCUCCUGUAUGGUGAUGUUGCCUGUCUGGGAGUCAAUGUAGGAAUGAAGGAGGUGAGUUGUCUUUGAAGGACCUGGGUUGACUUGAGCCUUCUGAUAGUGUUAGAAAUGUUUUACAGUAGCCCUGGGGCCAUUUCUUGUUCAGUCUUGCUGCUGUAAAUUUAGAGGAACUCUGUGAAAUCACUAGUGUCCCUGAGAUUGGAAUCCGCCCCUUCAUCUUUAAUGUGUAUGUGACCGAAAUGUUGAUCAUUGGAAGGACUUUCUGGAAUACCUACACAUGAGAUACUAUUCCAGUUUAAAUCUUUAUGCUGGAAAUACAGAGAGGAGGAAAAUGUCAAAGCAGGAACCGUAUUCCAGACAGAUGCUUCUCAGAACUCCAUGCCAAAGAGUCAGUCAGAUCUAGACUUACUCCUAGCUUGGGCAAGAGUUUGAUUUGUUUGUUGUGCAGCAGCGAUGAUGGGGACAACUUCUGGGGGCUUCCAGCUUUAAUGGGAUAUGCCAGCUCUUUGUAAAUCAACAGUCAUUCACUCAUUAGUUAAUCUUAUUGGUGGCUAGAAACCUGUAACUUAGUUGCCAUUUUCUUAACCUGGGAUUGGGAACUCUUUUUUUUCCGAUGCCGUUUGCUGCCUCUUGAUUGCUGUACGGUGCACUGUAGCUUUACAUAAGUGCAAUACUGAUCUCUAAAGGGAGAGCAGUGAAGUGCAUGUUACAGUUGCAACAUUUAAAGGAAGCUUGUUCUUCCUUUUAAGGGCCAGAUUUUUUCCCCUCUUUGGAAGUAACCUCUUUUUUCUAAGGCAAAUAAAACCAACUUAUUUUUGUCUGUUGUGGGAAGGGGAUGUCAUUUUUAUGUGGCUUUGAAUAAAACUUUUUUUGGAAAUAUUUUGUAAAGUGUCUUCAGUGGGGCAGCCACUCUGUGAAUAAUAAUCUAAUAAAGUAACAAAGUGAGAGAC